AUGCUGUGGCUGGUGCUGGCUCUGUCUGCAACCUGCGGAGUGGGGGAGCUUCCAGAGGAGUGUGCGCCGGCGACUGCUACGAGCGCCUCCUCCCCGGAGCCGGAGGAUGACCAUUUGACGAUGUUUCAAUCCGGCGUCCGCCGCAAACAACAUCAUUCGGCUCACCGCGCAGUUCCUGCGUGCGAGCAGAAGAUACCAAGCCAUGUGCUGAACCUGGACAGACGCCCGGACCGCUUGACGUGCCCUGGCAUCGAGUGA